AUGGAUUUCAGUCGCAGAAGCUUCAAUCGAAGCCUGAGUUCCUCCUCGCAGGGCCCUGUGCUCAACUUGAGCAGUUCCCUGUACAGGAAGGGGAGCGUGCAGCGUCUUGGGGCUGCACCCAGCGUUUAUGGAGGGGCUGGAGGCCAUGGCACCCGCAUCUCGACCUCCCGACACGUUGCAAACUAUGGGAGCGAUCUCAGCGGCGGGGACCUGUUUGCUGGCAAUGAGAAAAUGGCCAUGCAGAACCUCAAUGACCGGCUGGCAAGCUACCUAGAAAAAGUGCGGUCCCUUGAGCAGUCCAACUCCAACCUUGAGAUGCAGAUCAAGCAGUGGUACGAAGCCAACGCGCCCAGCGCAGGCCGUGACUACAGUGCAUAUUACAAACAAAUCCAAGAGCUGAAAGAUCAGAUUACAGAUGCUCAGUUGCAAAAUGCUCGAUGUGUCCUGCAGAUUGAUAAUGCUAAACUGGCUGCUGAAGACUUCAGACUGAAGUUUGAGACUGAGAGGGGGAUGCGCCUAACAGUGGAGGCUGAUCUCCAAGGCUUGAGUAGGCUCUUUGAUGAUCUAACCCUGAGAAAGACAGACUUGGAGGUCCAGAUUGAAGAGCUGAACAAAGACCUGAUUCUCCUCAAAAAAGAGCAUCAGGAGGAAGUGGACGUCCUGCGCCGGCAGCUGGGCAAUACUGUCAAUGUGGAACUGGAUGCAGCUCCAGGCCUGAACCUCGGUGACAUCAUGAAUGAGAUGAGGCAGAAAUACGAAGUCAUGGCCCAGAAGAACCUUCAAGAGGCCAAAGAACAGUUUGAGAGACAGACAGAAGCUCUGCAGCAACAAGUCCUAGUGAACACAGAAGAGCUAAAAGGAAUGGAGAGUCAAGUUACAGAGCUGAGACGCACCUAUCAGAACCUAGAGAUAGAACUCCAGACCCAUCUCAGCAUGAAAGAAGCUCUGGAACACACAUUGGAGGACACCAAGGCUCGCUACAGCAACCAGCUGGCCAGCAUCCAGGGGCGGCUGAGCUCUCUAGAGUCCCAGCUGAUGCAGAUUCGGAGUGAAUCAGAACGUCAGAGCAACGAAUACAGUAUUCUUCUUGACAUAAAGACCAGGCUUGAGCAGGAAAUUGCUACUUACCGCCACCUUCUAGAAGGAGAAGAUGUAAAAAAUGCGCAACUUCAGUUAAGCAACCUGGAGGAGAGAGAUGUAAAGAAAACCAGGAAGAUUAAGACAGUCGUGCAAGAAGUAGUGGAUGGCAAGGUUGUGUCAUCUGAAGUCCAAGAGGUGGAAGAAAGUAUAUAA